ACUGACUCCUUUAUCAACGUUACUCUUCUCGUCCUCUUUUACACUCUUCUUUUUCUCUCCUCCCUGUUUGAUGGUGGCCAAGACAUGGCUGUGGAGCUGAUGAUGGGUUACAGAAACGAUGGUUUUGCCGCCAAAAUGGAGGAGAACGCUGUGCAGGAAGCCGCUGCUGGGCUGGAAAGCGUCGAGAAGCUGAUAAGGUUGCUGUCUCAUGGUCAACAGCAACAGUCUCAGCAGCAGCCGCAGCAGCAGCUGGGUCGAUCGUCUGGGGAAAUGGAGAUGGAUUGCAGGGCCGUGGCGGAUGUCGCCGUUUCCAAGUUCAAGAAGGUGAUUUCUCUUCUGGGUCGGACCAGAACCGGUCACGCUCGGUUCAGGAGGGCUCCUUUGUCCUCUCCUCCCAACCAAAGCGAGGAAUCACAGGGCGGUGGGUCUAGGGUUUAUUGUCCUGUUCCGAUCCAGCAGGUCCCUCCGGUUCCGAUCCAAAAUCAACACCAACCCCACAACGAUCCUCCCGUGGUUUUCGCGAGGAAUGGUGUGAUCGAUCGUAAAGAUUCGACGACCACCAUCAAUUUCUCAUACUCUUCGGCGAUUUCCGGUGCGAAUUCCUUUAUGUCGUCGCUGACUGGCGAUACUGAUAGCAAGCAACCCUCAUCGUCGUCGGCUUUUCAGAUUACGAAUCUGUCUCAGGUUUCGUCGGUGGGAAGGCCGCCGCUGUCUUCUUCGUCCAUGAAAAGGAAGUGCAGUUCGUCGGACAAUCCCGGCUCCGGCAAGUGCGGUGGGUCCUCUGGCCGGUGCCAUUGUUCGAAGAGAAGAAAGAUGAAAUUGAAGAGGGUGGUUAGAGUUCCGGCAAUAAGCAUGAAAAUGGCCGAUAUUCCACCAGAUGAUUUCUCUUGGAGGAAGUACGGACAGAAACCAAUAAAAGGAUCUCCACAUCCAAGGGGCUACUACAAGUGCAGUAGCGUGAGAGGUUGCCCAGCACGCAAACAUGUAGAGAGAGCUCUGGACGACCCAAAGAUGCUGAUUGUCACCUACGAAGGCGAGCACAACCACUCUCUCUCCGUCGCAGAAGCCGCUGGUCUCAUCCUAGAAUCUUCUUAGUUCAAGAAAAUGGUAGAGCAACAGGAGUAGAAUAGCAGCUCAAUCAAAGAGAUUAGGGGUUAGUUUAUGGUUCCCUGUAAAAAAGUACGGGAUCAACUCCAUGCUCUCCCUGUAAAACGCUGCGUUUCCAUUUAGAAUCAAAAUCCAAAAAGAAAAAAAGAAAAAAAAAAAAAGAAAAGGAGAGAGAGAAGGAAAUGGUGGAGUUGGUGUUGGGUUUCUACUCUCUUUCCCCUUUUAAUUAUUUUGCUUUUUUCAAUCCUUUGGUUCUUUGUCUUUGGAUGCCU